UGACGAACCCCCGGGUUUCAAAGCCCGAAUGUGUUUAGUGCGGACAGACGGCCGGGCAGAGGGACAUCAGGACAGAGCCGCGAGCAGGAAUUCCACAGUCCCUCAGCACAGAGGACACGAGACAGACCCGAGCACAUCUCCCCGGAGCCUGCACUCCCCCCGAGGGGCACUUUAAUCUCAAACAAACAGGACAACAAGAUUAAGACUUUCGGAUUUAUUGCACACCUUUCGUGGUGACACAAAGAGAAUUCCUCAAGGACACAUUUUAUGAGAGUGGCAGACAUUUGAACUGGAGUUGCGCACUGCUCCGAAUGGACGGAUUCUUCAUUUAAUUGCGCUUUGUGUUUCGGGUUUUCCCAGAAAUCCGCGGAAGACCAACUGAACAGCUCUAGCCUGUUGAAAGAAGGAAAAUUGGACAUAUUUUUGGACAAGUUGGCGGAAUGGUAGAGGACUUUUGGGAAAGGUUUUUGAACGAUUGCGUCUGGCGAGUGGAGAUGCCAACUUUACAGAGAUCUGUCAAGGCCUGAGGCAUCAUCAACAUCAAUCUGGAUCAGCGAACCAAAGCUGAUUCUUAUCCUGAGCAAGAAGCACAGCAGGCUUUGGCCCACUUCAGAAGACCUUUCUUUGUCAUCCAGAAGAGGCGGUUGACUUCAAGACAGGGGCGCAAGAGAAAGUGAGCUUGCUCUUUAGCCCUUAUUUCCAUUGGACAGUGUGUAUGACCAUGAUAUCCAAAGUCUUGAGGACCUGUCCAUUUUCACUCCAGCUCCUCCCUCUCCUGUUGCUGUUGUGGCUGGGUGGUCUCAGCACUGCACCCUCUGGCCCAGAGUCAGACACCUGCUCCACUCUAGUCCAGAACCGCUUCUUUGGUUUCUUUUUUUCCUCAUUUGCCUUUCCUAAUGCUCCUUGCUCCUGGACACUGCAGAAUCCAGACCCAAGGCGCUACACUAUUUUCAUCAAAGUCACCAAGCCUACAGAAGACUGUGUGCCUCGGCAACACCGCACCUUCCAAUACGACUCCUUCCUGGAGACCACACGUACCUACCUGGGCAUGGAAAGCUUUGAUGAAGUAGUGAAACUGUGUGAUGCCUCCACCCACAUGGCCUUUUUGGAAGCAGGGAAGCAAUUCUUGCAGAUUCGGAAAGGACCGGCAAGAGGGGGUUCAGGUCAAGAAGAGGGGAAUGGGGAGUUUAAGGUGGAGUACUUGGUGGUAGGCAAGCGGAACCCCAGCAUGGCGGCCUGCCAGAUGCUGUGCCAGUGGUUGGAGGACUGCUUGACAUAUAGCACUUCCAACCGUCCCUGUGGCAUCAUGCAGAUUCCCUGUCAGUGCGUGAACACUCCACUGCAUGACAAAGAGGGCAAUGGAUGCUACAGAGAUGGAGUCUACCUAGAGAACUGUUAUCCCACUGUGAAAGGAACACCAUCUGACACAGAUAACCAUGGAGGCUGGAGUAGCUGGGGGAACUGGGGAGAAUGUAGCACUGAGUGUGGGGGUGGUGUUCAGACACGCACACGUGUGUGUCAGUCACCUCCGGAGGAGGCGUACCUGUGUGCUGGAGUGCUAGAAGAGGGCCAUCCUUGUAACCCUCAACCCUGCAUUGGCUACAGCCAGUACUCAUCUAAAGCGAAGGUUUUAAGCACACUGAAAUAUACUGGACUGGAGGACACCAAUCUUGGCAAAGGCCGAUACAGCUCUCGUAGCCAAUCUCUGCGAUCGGCGGACAGCCGCAAACGAGAGGAUGUGGACAAGAGCCGUGCUGGACAGCAGUCUCCUCAGACAGACUCUCCUGUGGGUGAGGAGUGGUCCCCGUGGAGUGUAUGCUCAGCUACGUGUGGCGAAGGCUGGCAGAGCCGCACGCGCUUCUGUGUUUCAGCUUCAUACAGCACGCAGUGCAGCGGGCCACUGCGUGAGCAGAGACCCUGCAACAACACCGCCGUGUGCCCAGCCGCUCUGAUUGCAGUGCACGGUGCAUGGGAUGAGUGGUCUCCAUGGAGCCUGUGUUCUUCUACCUGUGGCCGUGGAUAUAGGGACCGCACACGCACUUGCAAGCCACCGCAGUUCGGAGGUGAUGAAUGCGUGGGCCCAGAGAAACAGACCAAAUUCUGCAACAUCGCUGUCUGCCCAGUGGAUGGUGUGUGGAAUGAGUGGUCUAGUUGGAGUUCUUGCUCAGUUUCAUGUUCAAAUGGGACCAUGCAGCGCACACGCGAGUGUAAUGGCCCAUCAUACGGUGGCUCAGAAUGUCAGGGUGAGUGGCUGCAGAUGCGUGACUGCUUCCUGAGGGAGUGCCCUGUGGAUGGACAGUGGCAGCAGUGGAGUUCGUGGUCGAGCUGUACAAAGACUUGUGGUGGGGGGAGCCAGCAGAGGCAGAGAGUGUGCUAUGGGCCCUUCUUUGCCGGGGAGCCAUGCCCAGGAGAUCGCAUGGAAACACAGCGUUGCAAUGAGAAGAGAUGCCCAGAACCACAUGAGAUUUGUGAUGAGGAGAACUUCUCAAAUGUAGUGUGGAAGAGAACUCCUGCUGGAGAUACAGCAGCUGUACGUUGCCCACCAAAUGCUGCUGGCACCAUAUUUCGUCGCUGCUCUCUGGAUGAAGAGGGAAUUGCCUACUGGGAAAGCCCCUCUUAUAUGAAGUGCAUCUCAAACGACUAUCGCAGCAUCCAAACACUGACCCGUGACCACCUGUCAAAGGCACAGAGAGGGCUUGUGGGAGAUGGAGUUUCAGAGGUUAUGAACAAACUAAGGGUGACUUCCAGUGAGGGGACCAGCUACAGUGGAGACUUGCUGGCUAUAAUCGACAUCCUGAAGAACAUGACAGAGAUAUUUAGGAGGUCCUACUACAGCCCCAGUAGUGCUGACAUGAGGAACUUUGUUCAGUCAGUUAGUAACCUGCUGAUGGAAGAAAACAGAGAGAGAUGGGAAGAAGCACAGCUGCUAGGUCCUAAUGUUAAGGAGCUCUUUCGUCUGGUGGAAGAUUUCAUUGACGUCAUAAGCCUCCGAAUGAAGGACUUUCAAGAUAACUAUGAGGUCACAGACAACCUUGUGUUGAGCCUUCACAAGCGACCUGUUGCAGGCAACGCUGAUAUCAGCUUUCCAAAAAAGGGCUGGAUGGGCAUGGAGGACUGGGCUCGCAACUCUGAGGACAAGGUCAUCAUCUCGAAGAGCAUUGUCUCCUCCGGUAACCCAGCUGAAGAUGAGGCUUCAGCGUUUGUAACUGGCAUUGUCCUCUACCGAAACCUUGGCAGUAUCCUGUCUCUUCAGAGAAACAGCACUGUGCUGAACUCCAAGGUGAUCUCUGUGACGAUCAAACCCACUCCUAUUUCUCUCUCUGCCCCAGUGGAGAUUGAGUUCUCACACCUUUACAACGGCACGACCAACCAAACAUGCAUUUCCUGGGAUGAGAGUGACAGCUCGUCGCCGCUGGGCUCGUGGUCGGCGCGCGCUUGCAGAGCUGUGCCCGUGCACGCCUUCAGGACCAAGUGCGUGUGCGAGCGCCUCUCCGCCUUCGCCAUUUUGGCCCGCCUGAGUCCCGACGCGAGCAUGGAUCCAUCCAAGAGCCAGCUUCCGUCCGUGACGCUGAUUGUGGGCUGUGGGGUCUCCUCACUCACACUCCUGCUCCUCAUCAUCAUCUACGUCUCUGUGUGGAGGUACAUCCGAUCCGAACGCUCAGUCAUUCUCAUCAACUUCUGCCUGUCCAUCAUCUCCUCAAAUGCACUAAUCCUCAUUGGUCAAACUCAGACACGAAACAAGGUUGUUUGUACUCUUGUGGCUGCUUUUCUACACUUCUUCUUUCUCUCCUCCUUCUGUUGGGUUCUGACGGAGGCCUGGCAGUCUUAUAUGGCUGUGACUGGCCGUUUGAGAAACCGUAUCAUACGCAAACGCUUCCUCUGCUUGGGAUGGGGCUUACCUGCUCUUGUUGUGGCCAUCUCUGUUGGCUUUACCAAGGCUAAAGGAUAUGGUACUGUUAACUACUGCUGGUUGUCUCUGGAAGGAGGGCUCUUGUACGCAUUUGUGGGACCAGCUGCAGCUGUAGUCUUGGUUAACAUGGUUAUCGGGAUUCUGGUUUUUAACAAACUGGUGUCCAAAGACGGCAUUACUGAUAUGAAACUGAAAGAGAGGGCAGGUCAGAUGACAGUGCCACUGUACAAUAUGACGCUCAAAUGUGCCAAGUGCGGAGUUAUCUCGUCGGCCGACCUUUCCACCACAGCUACCAGUAACGCCAUGGCAUCUUUGUGGAGUUCAUGUGUGGUUCUGCCACUGUUAGCACUCACCUGGAUGUCUGCAGUGUUGGCCAUAACUGACCGCCGCUCAGCUCUCUUCCAGAUCCUCUUCGCCAUCUUUGAUUCCCUCGAGGGCUUUGUCAUUGUGAUGGUGCACUGCAUCCUGCGCAGAGAGGUUCAAGAAGCAGUGAAGUGUCGAGUUGUUGACCGCCAGGAAGAUGGAAAUGGCGACUCAGGAGGCUCUUUCCAGAAUGGUCAUGCACAGCUCAUGACUGACUUUGAGAAGGACGUCGACAUUGCUUGCAGAUCAGGUCCCGGUAAGCGCUCUUCCCUGCAGGGUGAGGAGAAGUUGGCCCCUCAGCAGCUCACAGUGCAGAAAGGCUCCAACUUCAAUACGAUGCCUGCCAGCAUGGCCAAAGUACACCUUCAGAACGUGGCAGAAUAUGGCAGCCACACGCUCACACUGCGCCGUGACAAAGGAGCUACAGCGGGCAUCAGCACUGAGCUGCCUGGUGCAAAGGCCAUCUACGUAUGUGAUGGAGAGCUUUUCAAGCAACUGGAGGGGGACAACGUGGGUUCUGAGGGAGGUGGAGUGACACAAGGCUACAACAACAAUACCAUCACUGCCACCACCCUCAGGACAAGCAAGCCAACCAAAGAGGACUCCAAGUACAACAUCAGCAUCGAGCAUGUGCCACAGACCAGACUCAUCCAUCUGAGCAACACAGCUAGCACAGAGCCUGUGCCAGGAUAUGGGCUAAAGAGUUUUCCUGCUGAACGGGUGAAUGUGCCAUGCUCAGAGAAGGACUCCCCCUUGCAGAACAUCUCCAGCGAGGCACACAGGACUAACAGCGCAUUAGAUCCAGUGGACCCAGGGAAUUCAGGCGUGAUGUCGAAGAGCGAGACCAUCUCCACGCUGUCCAUGAGCUCCUUAGAGAGACGAAAAUCACGGUAUGCAGAGUUGGAUUUUGAGAAGAUCAUGCACACGAGAAAACGCCACCAGGACAUGUUCCAGGACCUGAACAGAAAAUUGCAGCAUGCUGAGAAAGACAGAGAAUCUCCACCGGUGGACAGCAAGCCUGGGAAGAGGUGGAGCGUGUCAUCUGGAGGCAGUGAUAAGACCAACCUUAGCGAUAAGCAGCAGACACCCAGCAAGCGGGCAUGGGAGGGCAUCAGGAAGACUCACUCUCCCCCAUCAUGGGUGCGGAAGGAGCUGGAGCCAUUACAGGCUUCUCCUCUGGAGCUGCAGGCUGUGGAGUGGGAGAAGACCAGCGCCACCAUACCACUGGUGGGCCAGGAGAUCAUGGACCUGCAGACUGAAGUCUGAGCAGCCUACAGCUCCACACAGAGGUGUAGGGAAAAAACUCCACUGGCAGGGAAAAAGAGAGAGA